CUUCGCUAGUUAGUCGAAUUUUACGCGUACUACCGAUUGCACGUUGGUUGGUCCGACUGCGCACCGUCCUGCAACAGUAGGGGGUUAAUCUAGAGAAAUCACAAACUUAGUUAGUUUGUGAACCUUCCAAAACUAAAGACACGGCGGAAAAAGAAACAAAGAAAAGUGUGUGCCAGAUCGAUUUCAGCAGAAUCAGUUUCGGUGAUCGUGCAAUUCCUUGGUGUUGGAUAAACUUGGCGUGCCUUUGUUGGUUGAAGAUCGAUCGUUGUGAGCGUGAAAAAGUUUCAAAUUGAAUUUUAAUUCAAACGGUGAAGUUUGGUGGUACGAGCUAUUCCGAAAGUUUGAUGUUGGUUGGAAUCGAGUUGUGCAAAGGAUUAUCCGCUUAGUUAACUACUCUGUGGAUUUAACUUUGCUUGGGUCAAUUGGUUGAGACCUUGAUCGAGAAAAAAAAAAUCUAGAAACGCAUACUUUCCCGCAUGGGAGUUCCUGAAUGUGAACAACGUAGGUGUGGAGUUCGGUAGAAAAGUUGAAAAUAAGCAAAAGUGUGACCGCUAAGAAAGUGAAAGGAGUGAAGUGAUCAGAGAAUUUAUAAGGCAACUAUACGAAAACAAGGUGUGGAAAUUUCUUGACAAUUUGUGCAUCCGGUUCGGUCUGAGUUUUUGUUUUAUAAAAACCAACUGUCAUUUGCUGUUCGCCGGGACGCGCGAACGCGUUCAGCCAACCUGAUCACCGGUCAACAGUGGAAGGGGUGGGCCCCGAGGGCCUUAGUGCCAAGCAACCGAUGAGAUGAGGUGGAGCAGUCUACUCAUAACGGCCGCGUUGUCGUUAUUUGUGAUUUUCGGAUUAAUCGAUGCCAUUAACGCCCAGCGAGGAUCGGUCCGCUUUAAUCAGAGACUGCCGCCGUCGACAUCUUCAUCGAGACCAUGGGCGGACGAUACGUUGCUGUUGGUUAGCGAAGAAAAUUUCAGUCGAAGUGAGUCUCCGAUUGUCCGGCGUCGCCAAUCCACUAUUUCGACAACGGCAGCGGCGGCGGCGGGACCAGUAGUAACUAGUUCCCGUAGAAGGACAAGACCGCCAGUGCAACCGCAAGCGCAAAGCCGAUCAUUCGUAGAUGGCAAGGAAGAACAGUUUGCAGUACAGCGAACAACGAAAGAGCAGCCAGCACCGAGCUUACGAACCGAGAUUGUCUACCAGAAUGAUAACUCAAGAAGUACGGAAAAGAGUUUCGAGGAUAAACCGUCGACUAGGCGAAAGAGUCGACAGAGAGGAUUCAGGAAUGAGAUCUUGCAAAGCAGUAGCAGCAGUACGACAACGGCGGCUAGUACGGGAAUUGAAAAGAAGCUCAGUAGAUUGACGGAUGGUGGGAAGUUCUCCAAUGAAGUUGAAGAAGGAAAUUUUAGCUCAUCGGUAAGGACUGUUGAUAAUCGGUCUAGAGGUAAGGCUAAAGCUAUUUCCAAAGAACACGUGGAAGAUGUGGCUUCAGAAGAGAACUACCCUGAAGAGUUCAAGAAGCUAUUGAAAGCGAAGCUCUUGGAAGGCAAGGUGAAGAAUGUUUCUCCUAAUAGAUUCGAUGUGGCGACGGUGAAAAGCUUGUCAAAAAGUAAAGAAAUACAAGAUGUUCCACGUUUUAAAGUAAAACUUUUAAGUACUACCACUUCCGGACCUACAACUACUGUGAAACUAAUUACUCCUCGUCCAACUAGAACAUUUAGUAGCUCUUCUACCUUGAGUGAAUCUAGAACAACAAAUAAAGCAACGACUCCUGCAGAGGAGAUUUCAAUAAAACCGACACCUAGAUCUGCGAGAAAAUUGCACACUCCUCGGACCAGAGUUCCAUUGCAAACCACUACUCCCGAGUCCAUAUCUGACACUACAACCACAACCCCUAGGCCUACCAGAGCCUUCUCUCGUAAACCCAGCGUCGUCAGUUUGUUGACAUCUACAACCACUCCAUCGACAACUACACCACGAAAACCUUACGUUCCCGCAAGUCGAAGCCCAGCACAGGGUAAACGAACAUUUGCAUCCACAUCGGAAUCGACUGGAUCCAUUGAUCCGGCGGAACAUGCCACUUCGAAACGAAUACCCAACGACAACAGCUUCGUGAUUGCUUCCUUACGCAAUCCCAGCCCAUUCCGGUCGGCCCAACAUUCAUCGUUCCAGAAGAAACCUCGUAAACCAGCAACCGAAUACAACAGUGACGAUCUCAAACCAGUGAUUAUCCCAUCUCGCUCCAAAGCUCCCUCGCCAAUAAGUGCACUGAAGCGGUCGCAAUCAUCGGCCGGUGCCCGAGUGGGCACUCGAUUCGAAUCCAGUCUUAAGAAGGCUCCGGUCUACACACCGACCGUACCGACCUUCACCGCACCACCGACCACGGCGAAGGUUAGACUUGAUGGCCACUCUUUGCUAACGACUGCUAACGCUUCCACCGCCUACACCACCUCCACCAACAGCACCUUACCUUCCAGUACGGCAAUAAUCCUCGCUAACGAAAUAGAAAACGCUGAUAUCGUAGGAGAAGGAGGCAUGAUCGUCGAUCAAAAUCUCGACGAUGGAAGCACUCGCGAGGUGGAACCAGUGGCUGCUCGGCUGACCCAGAGUCGUAUGGACAUCGACAUGUCCAAUAAAUCACCGGUGACUGUGUCGAUCUUCAGUGCCUUAUCCGAGAUCCUCUCGCAGCCAACAGAAAGUUUACAAUUUUUGUCUUCUAGCACAGAUGCACCGUCACCUUCUACAUCUUCUAGCACGUCUACUUCAACGACAACUACGACCACCACCACAACAACCACCACCACCACCACUACUACUACCACUACCACCACCACCACUCCUAAGCCAAGCACUUUACGAAAGCCUGCGGUCAAGGUAUCUGAAGUUGGUAGUACCACUGAUAUUGCUAACGUAGUGACUGUAAAUAAUAGUGACCCUACGGAUGCUACCACUACUAUUGUAAAUAAUGUUUUUCCGUAUGGGUCAACUAGCAUCUUGGCCACAACGGCGGUGGUGGACAGCGCACACCCCGAAACGAACACAGUAUCCGAAACAAGUGAACUCAUUAGCAAUAGUGAAGUUGAAGGUGCUUUUCGGUCGCGAUUCCCGGAACACGAAGAACACGCACUCCCAACCAUUAUGACAUCCACAGAUAUUCCCUCUACGACAAGCUUCAAUGAUCCCUCGUUGUUGAACGACCUCUUUCCUUUCUCCCAGACCCAGAAACCAUUCGAAACAACUAUCGUCACAUCACCGGAUAUCACUGAGGAUCAUACUAUCAUGACCACCAUCAGCACCAGUACCGAGAGCAUGCUACGGAAAUUGCCAACUAAUCCGCUAUUAACCGAAAGCAUUCAUCCUUCUACCUAUCCAACAACUCCCGCUCAAACCACUACCGUCCCGACUACUACGCAGUUUUCGUUGGAUACCCGCGAUUCAACUACACACCAAUCACCACAGUCCACCACCAUGCCAGUCGAGUUCGAAAACACAUUCAUGCCUAGCACUGCUACUAGCUCUCUACCUGCCAUCAUCACAGCAACUUCUUCCGCUAUGCUUGACAAACUAUUGCAUACGGAAACCGAUCCGGAUCCGUUUGCUUCUACUAACGUUACUAAAUCAUCACUGACCCACAUUGAAAUACCGACGAGUACGACAACUGCAUCGCCCAUGACCACCGAGCCGGAACUAACGACCAUCACCGCGAUCGUGACAUCGGCACCGAUGACCGUAAGUAGGACCACAAACCCGUUACACAAUACAACCGGUGUUACGACUUCUAAGCCUCCCUAUAUUGUAAUCCCCUGUGAACGAACAUUAACGUCUGAACCACUCAACGAGUAUCAACCAAGAUUUCAAGUCCGUCCUCCUAUCUUCGGGGUUACACAGCGUUCCACCACCACCACCACCACCGGCACCAGCACUACUAUCACUACAACCACCAGGGUACCUUUCCUGGCCACCAGCACCGCUAGAAGCACUUUCUACACCGCUCAGCAAACCACGCCAAGGCCCAGAUCGCGUGGUCUCGUAGUCUAUGGGAUUUUGGCGAACAACACCGUAAUUCGUCGUGUAAUCGGGGGCGACGAAGAGGUUACUUCCACAACGGAGAAUCCACGAGUUGUCUUCGGAAUCUAUCCCAACGGAACCGUCGUUCGGCGGUAUCCGAACGGAACCAUUGUACCGGAUAAGCCCCGUCAACGGGAGCGGGUCGAGAUAACCGAUAUUGAUCCGCGUGACCUGAGGAACCCAAACAGUCCGAUCUAUCGAGAAAGUGUCCCCACGUCAACGCCAGCACCUGUAAUUAGUAUCACUCCCGCAACUAGCAGCACAACAUCUUCAACCACCACCACCACUAGCUCCCCAACUAGUACUACUUCCAUUUCGAAUGAUGCUACGGGGACAACCGCGAUCAUUGAAAUUUUGAGAAAGUACAACGAGCAGAAUCAGCUGGACAAUAAGAUCAAGUCGGAUAACGUGUUCAGUGUGGCGAUGAGUCGCUCCAAGGCUGGCAGCAAAAAGACCGACGGACCAACGAAGAUUCCGCUGGAUAUUGAUUUCACGACGAAAUCUUCGGAUGAGGUUCGUGUUACCCGUCCGAACGCGCCGGAUAUUAUAUAUCGGUGGCAACCGCCAUCGAGUAGUUCGGAAUCAUCGACUGUAGUCUCCAGCACAGAAGAGGCGGUCGUGGCAGACAAUACGGUUCCCGAUAAUAUCGUUGAAUUUAAAAGUAUUUCCAUUCAAUCCACUGAACCCGCCCUCAGCCGAAUAGUAUCCACGGCUCCACCGGCAACGCAAACAGACUAUCCUGGUGACGCUAAUUUGCGCAUCUCCACGGACUCAGUACAGCCGAUCCAAAACCAAACGGAAGUUUCAGAAUUUAACAAUUUCGUAACUUCUACGUUACUUCCGGUCACUGAUAAAGCGAGUACGACCACAACGGAAGCUACGACAACCACAACAACAACAACCACGAGUACGACCCCUAAACCAACUACUACAGUUGAGCCCAGUUCGACUACGACUACAGAGCGAUCGACGUCCACAACGGUCAAACCUACUACCAAAACGAGUAGAACUGCUCAAAACAAUCAAUUGGAAACUAACUUGAAGCUUCUUCAGUUGUACUUAGAAGCAAACCAAAACGACAUUGCCGCUACAAGAGCGGUAACGCAUCGUACAACAGUGCCUCCGAGUUCGAGCACUACCACAAGCACCACCACUACCAGCACAACAACCACAGAACCAACUACCACAACUACAUCGACGACGUCAUCGACAACAACUACCGCAAGGCCUACUACACCAACAACAACAACUACGCGUCCGACAGUGCGUACUACACUGAAAACUAAACAGGAGGACGCCACUCGUUCGAAUCUUAAUUCGUUGUUUGUGCCGACUACGCAACGAACCCGGACGACCACUUUUUCCGAUGCGGAUGAUUUGAAUUUCCUGCGUCAACUAGCCAAGUUCCUGAACGGCGGCCUAGGCCAACCAACUAGAAAGACAACGAAAAAACCUAAGACUACUUCUACAACAACAACAACAACGACGACCACAACACCGAAGCCAACUACAACAACAACCAUAUCCACAACUACUGCACGUAAACCUUCUACGACACUUCCGCUUAGCACGGUGAUCGUCGAUAAUGACGAUUCCGAUUUCCUGAACGAUGUGCGUAAACUACCGAACUUUGCUACUCCAAACCCUCUAGUGGAUAGUUCCAUCGCAAACCGGAUUCUCCAACUGGCCAUCAACCGAGAUCCGAAAAGCAUCUCCCUCGGCAGUCAACUUAAUCGUAUACCAUCUACUACAACUCUAUCUCCGCUAGAGGUCGAAAACACCAAGAAGCAACUAGACAAAGAGUUACAAUCCUACAACAACGACAUCCGGUUGCUGUCCACGCUACUGGGACGUCCCAUCACCAGCAGAGACAUUCCAGAGCUCACCAAACAACUGACCACAACUACGCCGCGGCAAACAACUACCAAACGUACUACGACUACCACAACAACAACGACAACCCAACGGCCUGCAGUCGAUGUGGCUCUACUCCAGGCACUUCUCUUGAAACAACAGCAGCAGCACAACUCUAGUCCCUCGGUUCAAAACGUCCCGGAUGUAUACGGUAAAACCAACGAGGCCAUCCUGGCGUCCGUGCUGAAACAGCGUGGAAUCGGUCCCAUCAACACCAAUGCCAACCUCGAAGAGAUCCUAGCAAGAAUCUCACCUCGCACUGGUACGGCUACGGUGCAACCCAUCAUCACAACAGCCAGGCCAAGGCCUCGAACGAUAGCACCACCGCAGCUUCCGCCGCUACGUUCCUCUCGUCCCAUUAUCGAUGGCCUGUCUUGGCUGUGGCGAGAAUGGCAGGCUACGGCACCUCAACCUCGCCAGCGAUUGCCAGGUUCGGCACUGAUCGCAUCUCCUCCCCCUUCCGAUGCAUUCGGUCUCAGUGGAGGUGGUCGUAGGCCUUCGCAGUCACAAGCGUACCGGGAUGAGGAGGGACUCGAUCCUGAUGCGAAACCAAUCAAUCCAAGUGUCACGGAGGAGACACCUUCGCUAUUCGGUGGAUUCGGAGCGAUCAAUCCGGGCGGCCAGCUUCUUAAUGCGGCCAUUGGCGUAACGCGGGCUGUGACGCAGUUCCUCGGGGUGGCUCUUCAGGGAGCAGCGAAAAGUUUCUCCACGGCUUUCGCCCCACCAGCCACGGAUGUGGACGAUCUUAGCUAUUAUCGAUUGAGUGGCAAAUAGGGCAAUACUGGGAUAUAACAACGGACUUUCUAGGCAGCGGAAAAAGGGAAUGGCGUCAUCUUUAGGUAGCAGAUAAAUUUGAGUUUUGCUCAACGAGAGGUUCUCUCACAGAACGAUAACGGAUAAACGGAUCUAGAGCGAUCGAGCCGCUGAGAACGAACGGGAUCCACGAGUGAACGUGAUGAUUGUGUAUGACUGCGAGAGGAUCGGAUCCUGAACUAGGUGUACUGAUAAGACUGUGAAACAUAUGAUUAGUGCCUAUUUAUUUUUAUUUGUGGUCGUCGUGUUUGCUAAUUUUAUACUCAUCGCUAUAUGUCUAAUAUUUUAUUUAAAAAACAAAUACUGCCACGUGAUAUCGCCUUUAGAGCAGAACUUGUGAAUGUCAUUCUGAUUCCGGUAUAUCGGACGGUUUUAACUGUGAAAUCACUCGCGCGCGAACAUAAUACGCUGAAACAAUUUUAUCACUACUAGAAGUUUGUUUUUUCUUUUUCGCAAGUUAUUGUGCCAUUUUGUUCAAAGAGAACGGUUCAUGAGGCACACCGAUUGACAGAUAGCUAGUUGAUGCAGAUCUAUUAGGACGUCGGUCUUAAAAGUGAGUGUAGGCUUAGUGAAUCGCUCCAGCACUCAGGAGUAUGUACUCGGGUUUUAAAGGAUGAAUCGUAAAUGAUUGUAAAGUAAAGCUUUGUAAAUAUCGAACAAUAAAAUUCAAAAAUA